GCCUUGGCCAUCCCACGAGAUGGCUCCAUCAACGCUGGCGGCCAGUCUCGUCGUGGCGGCGCUGCUCCUGCAAUCUCAUGGAGUCCAAAGCACUACUCGAACCCUCCAGCUCCAUCGCAACAACACCGACAUCUCCAUCAAGAGAAACCUUCACACCCACGAGCGGCACCGCCGUCUUGACGACGGUCGGUAUGAAGUCGUUCCUUUGAACCUUGGCAUGGGCACGCAUUACACGUGGAUAUAUGCGGGGACACCACCACAACGUGCUUCGGUCAUCGUCGACACGGGCAGUCAUCAGCUUGCGUUUCCAUGCAAGGGAUGCACAGGAUGCGGCAAGCACACGGACGCUCCAUUUGAUGCGGCCAAGUCGUCUACGCUAACGUAUCCUACCUGCGACGAAAUUGGACAGGAGAAAGCCAUCACAUGUGCGUCAUGCACGGACGCGAACACGUGUGUCGUGAGCCAAAUGUACUCGGAAGGAAGCAGCUGGAAGGCCGUCGUGGUGGAAGACAACGUGUGGCUGGGAGACAGUGCCGUAUCGGAUGUCGACAACAAAUUUAGUACGAGGUAUCGCUUUGGGUGUCAAAACCACGAGACAGGUCUCUUUACGACGCAAGUGGCCGACGGGAUCAUGGGGCUGUCGACGAAAGUGCCCAACGUGGUCAAGAAAUUGUUUCUGGAAGACAAGAUCAACCAGAACGUGUUUUCGCUCUGCUUUACCCCGACGGGUGGCGCGAUGACGGUCGGCAGUCACCUCAACACCGCGCACCUUCAAGAAAACAUGACGUUUGCUCAAGUUUCGUUCGACUCGACGGGCUGGUAUGCGCUGGAAGUUCGCGGGAUCCGCAUCCACGGCGAAGACAUCCAUAUCGACUCGCCUCGCUUGUUGAACGGCGGUCGAAAGGUCAUCGUGGACAGCGGCACCACCGACUCGUACCUUCCAGCCGCCCUCAACGAUGAGUUUAACCGCGUGUUCAAAACAGUUGUGGGGAAGGAGUACAUCACGGGAGGCACAGAGGGAUACACGAAGGACGAAAUCGAGCUCUUACCGACGAUUGAGUAUGUUCUGGCAGGUGUCGAUGGGAAUGACGUCGUCAUGUCCAUCCCGCCAACCCGUUACCUGAAAAAGAAGGCAGGACGAUACUUUUCGACGAUCCUCCUCGACGAAGCAGGUGGGGGCAUUGUCGGCGCCAGCCUCAUGAUGCAUCACGAGUUCGUAUUUGACGCGGAGCGGAAUCGAGUUGGAUUUGCCAAAGCCAACUGCGAGUUUGAGCAGAUGCCCACGUCGGAUGCCGUUAAUGAAGCCGUCGUGGAAACGAAGGGAUCGCACGACGAGGCGUCGAUCGAUGAAGCGAGCGAAGACGACUACCCUCUCGUCUUGACUUUGGGUGGAGUUGCGAUCGGAUUGCUAUUUAUUGUGGGCAUUGCUGUUGCCGUGUGCAAGUCGAAGGAUCCGCGGUGGACUCAGGUCAACUUGGACGAGUUUGAAGAGGAAGAAGUGGAGCUCGUGACUGAGAAAGGCGCUGAAGAUGCCGCUGUGGAACAAGGCACAGUUGCUUCCUACGACACUCCCCCUGACGUCGACGAUGAAUUCUUCAAUGCGCAGCUUGAGGAAGCCGUGGACGGCGUCGACAAGGCCGUCUUGCAUCGCAUGGACGUCUAGUCAUGUCGGCGCCAAAUUUUGAAUUUCUCGUAAAUACUACCGGAUAAACAAAGGGUAUUUCGGAUAAUUCCACCCAAUCAGAGCUGUUUCUUCAAGAUACACAA